UUUGAAACAUUAUCAACUUCAUAUUUGAUUACUGCCAUAUGUGCUAUAAGAAGAUCAAGUCAACUCUAUUUGGUUCAUUUUCUGAAAGUCAACUGCAUCAAUUUGAUUGGUGUUGAAGCAUUCUUAUCGAGAUUGCUGUUUGUUCAUUAUAUAUUCAGAGAAAAACAGAUCAUACAAAAUGGGAUGACAGCCAUUCCAUAACUUGUUUGGCACUCAGUCAAUAGAUUAGAGUUAAAAUGCACCUAUAUAUAUAUCAUCUUUUAGCUAGGGAAAUUAUAUUGAGUUCUGAAUCUUGUCUUUUAACAUGGCUACUUCGAAAGCUUUCUCUGGUUUGUUUCUCCUAUCAAUAUUUCUGUUGUCUGUCUUCAAUCUCUGUGAUGCAGACGGAUUGAAAGUGGGUUUCUAUGAGAAGACAUGCCCACAAGCCGAGGCCAUUGUUGAGAAGGUUAUUGGCGACGCCUUGUCAAUAGCACCUACACUUUCUGGUCCUAUAUUGAGAAUGCAUUUUCAUGAUUGUUUCGUCAGGGGUUGUGAUGGUUCACUGCUGUUGGAGUCUCCUACCAAGCAAGCUGAAAGAGAUGCAAUUCCAAAUCAAAGCAUUAUAGGUUUUGCCAUCAUUGAUAAAGUCAAGUCAGCAUUAGAGAAGGCAUGUCCUGGAGUGGUUUCAUGUGCUGAUCUCUUAGCCAUAGCUGCCAGGGACGUCACAGUUGCGACUGGAGGAGAAACCUGGAAAGUUGAAACUGGACGAAGAGAUGGCAGGGUCUCAAAUAUAACAGAAGCUUUACUGAACCUUUUCCCACCUUUUGCAAACAUUACUCAAUUGAUAACAGGAUUUCAACUGAGAGGUCUAACUGUUAAGGACUUAGUGGUGCUAUCAGGUUCGCACACAAUUGGGACUUCUGUCUGUGCAGCUGUCAGUCCUCGGCUUUACAACUUUACUGGGAAGGGAGACACUGAUCCUACAUUAGACCCUAACUAUGCAAUACGUUUGAAGAGUAAGUGCAAGCCUGGAGAUUUAAAAUCUCGACUUGAGAUGGACCCGGGAAGCUUUAAAACAUUUGAUACAAGCUACUAUAAUCUUGUGGCUAAACGAAGGGGCCUAUUUAACUCUGAUUCAGCUCUCCUUGACAACAGUGAGACCAGAGCUUAUGUACUUCAGGCCACUUCUCAUGAAUCCGAUUUCUUGAUGGACUUUGGUGUGUCCAUGGUGAAAAUGGGCAGGAUUGAGGUUCUUACUGGCAAGGCCGGCGAAAUCAGAAGAGUUUGCACCAAGGUUAACUAAGUAAAGAUUGAUUACUGCGUGAAUUACAUGGUUGGGUUGUACUGUUUUCUUGAUGUUGUAAUGUUUGCCUAUUUAUUUUUAACAAUUUCCUUGAGUUUCUUGAUGCCUCUUUUGAGUAUUGAUGUUCAAAUUCUUUUGUCA